CAAAUUGCCAAUUCCAUCAAGAAAGCAAUUUCAAACGUCUUGAAACUUUCCAAGAGGCUCAAAUCCAUCAAGAAAAACCCCCCUGAGUCCACUAGGACACCACUUGGUCCCCCCAGCAUUUACACGAUAGUCAUGUCCUCACCAAUGGCCGCCACAGCUGACAUGCACCGUCGCCCAGAGCCUGGAUGGCUCGAAGCCAGCCCAUGGCCCCGUCCUCAUGGCCGGACCCAAACAUCCACAUCAUUUGCCCAUGACUCGGCACAUGGAACACGUGACUCGUAUCAACGGCCAGGACAUCGACAGCAGGCACCCAGGCAGAGGCUUCCAAAGCACCGUAAUGUCGAUCCGGCGUGCUCAUCGGACAUCACUGCCGCACCAAUGAUGCAGCUAGUCAGCUCCAGACCCGGAGUCCGACAGCCCAUCCAGACCUGGAUGCCGCCUCGGGACUCGAUGGGUAGACCGCCAAUGUGGAGAGAGGUGCCUUCAACGGGUCAACAGACACCACUGCACCAUCCCGGCAUGUGCGGAUCGCCCCCACCGCCAUUUCUCACCCACGAGGCAUGGCCACAUGAUGGCCGGGCAUCAUCCGGAUUACCGCCGGCGCUGCCGACUCCACCGAUGACGCCCGGGGCCUCUCGAUUGAGCAGUCCGGAUCUCGAGCCGCUAGGACACGACGGGCGAUUUUGCGUUUGCUGUCCAGACGAAGACCGAUAUCUGGCCGGACGAGCGAAAAUGGACUCUCAAUUGCAAGCUGCGUUAGCGCACAUGGCGCACCGCAACUCCAGAAAAUAAUGUCGCGGUUGGUAAAGUACGCGUAGGGAUUGGGAGAGUCAUGUGAUGGAUUAAUGUAUUGGCGUUUGGCGUGUGCGGCGAUUCUGUUUUGCCCUCUCUCGCAUAUUUCUGCUGUCAGGCUCGAGUUAGCACUGUUGCGUCUAGGUGUCAG